AUGCUAGACUCGACGGUUUCAUGCGAAGCUGACUGUUCAAAAUUGGAUAUACUCCCAUCCAGUAAUAGCAAAAGUGCAUAUCUUCAAUAUAAUGGUAACGAAUGGUCCCCAUUAUACUUAUAUCGCACCGCAUCUGAUUUGACACUCGCUGCAAUACGACAGUCAGGUUCUGAAGGUAUAGGACGCUAUGACAUUGGAAAAACAUAUGGAAUGGAUACAUCCGUAAAAGCUGGGAAUCGUCGAGUCUCGGCAAAUAUUAUAAAUGGAAUCAAAUCUUUUCCUGAUUGUUUUGGGCAAUUUCAAAAAAUGGAGGGCAAAAUUAGAUGCAUAAAAUACUAUUGGAAAGUAGCUGCUUACCCUGAAAGCUUCAAUCAUCUGUUCAAAACCUGGAAAUCGGUGGUAGGUGAUGAUUGCCCAUUCAGAAUUGGUGAAGUCUUGAAGUUUCCGAACACAAAUUUAAAUACGUUACGUAUGAGUGAUGUUUCAUUGCGGCGAUUAAUCGACAUAAUGAAAGUUUUGAAGGAACGUCGUGUCGUCGUAACAAUUGGUAGUUUUUUAAAGAUUAUCACAGACAUGGAACUCGAACAGGGUUGCCGAUAUCAGAUUGAUAAAAAAUCCUUAGUGAAAUGUUUGAAAGCACUCGAGAAGAAAGGUUAUUUACACAUGUUCGAAACUGUUGUUGUGGAAGAUUUUCGGUCAAACAAGAUUUCAGUGGUUACUGAAAAAGAAAUAACUGAAGCGUCUCAUCCAGAAGUAGAAACAGCCAUUCGUGCAGUGAUAGAUGAAUACAAUGAAAAAGGACGUGUUUUCCCUCAUGGACAAUUAAAAACCAAUCGCAAACAACCAGAAAAAGAUGGUGAAAAGUUAUCAGACCUUACAUUGGAAGAGAUUGAAAUGAUAAACAACGAUGAUUUCGAAGAAAUGACAGUUGAUAAACGCCUGGCUAUGCUUCGGCUUCAAGCGAUACGACGUUUAUCUAUAAUAUAUCCAGACCAACAUUCUCAACUACAGAAACUUGUUGGAAAUCAACCAGAAAUUCUCUGCGAAUCAUCGGAUAGUACAAAUCAGCCAAAGGAAGCUUCGCAGCUUGCAGCUGUAGUUGAAAGUUACGACUCAUUAAAUGAGAAUAGCCCAAGCCUGCCUUUGCCGGGCUCUUCAGCAAGUGGUGGAGAGACGUCUGUGAGCGGAACUAGGUUACCGAGUGAUAUGUAUGGUCGUCAAAGUAAAAUGAUUCGGUGUUUUGUUAUGCACCAAUUAGUUUGGCAUUGCUUGUAUGGAUUACCUGAAGGAACAAAGCCAAAUGUUUGGGAACGGUUUUCACCAUCUCAAGUUGCUAGACCUGUCCCAGUAGAUCAGUGUACGGUUUAUGUAGACGAAGAAUGUCCUUAUCGCUUUGUACCUCCGAUACCCCGCCAUCAGGAUUUACCUCGUGGAUGGUUUUUGCUGCAAGAUUUAAUUAAUGUGCUUCCAUUAUCAAUUUAUGUACUGUUUGCAAACUUUAAAAAUAAGGUGACUGAAAUCGAGUUUUAUUUGAAAGAUCCAAUUUUACGUCACAUGCUGAUUGCUGAUCUUUCUUCUGAUAUACGCGUCAAAUUGUUGGGAGAUAAAAAAGCUGUUUUACAGGUAGAACAUAUCCUACUUACUCUUUGCGGCUUUGGACUCAUGAGAUUAGGUCCUACCUUAGAUACAAAGAAAGGAAUAGACGCUGAAGCGCAAUACUUUUACUUAUCUUCCUAUGCUUACUUGCGCGAUACAAGCACGUCUCAAAAAGGAUAUUCUCGUGUUUCGUUACCUAUUGACCAAUAUACAAAGUACGAAUAUGUUUUCAAUACAAUGGAAGAUGUUAUUCUUUACUGGCAUCAUCUACAUGCAAUAGUUCAAAGCACACCGUUGUCAUUCAGAUUGGAAGCUGGGCCAGACGAUGCACGUCUGUACAAGAAAUAUACAUUUGGAAUGUUUGAUCGUUCACAAAUUAUGAAAUCUUUUGAAGACUUAUCUACAGAGAUUUCGCCUAUAUUACCUCAUGAUGGUUGUGCGGGUUUUGAUUCUUCAUUUUUUGUGCAUUUGAGAAGACAUUGGGAUUUGAAUCCUCAACCAUUAGGAGUUGUUAGCUGGUUUAUGAGUGAUUGGCGUCGUUCUUACGAAAAUGCAAAAUCCAUUGUAGAAUCUCGAGUAAAAAGUCAUCGGAAUACUUGGAAUUCUUAUUACAGAGCAUUAUUACCCCCGGAUAGUGGUGUUUUCAAGAAAAGCCAUGAAUCGGUACGGGCAAAUCCCGGUUCACUUAUUCGCAAAAGUGGUUUUCGUCAUUCAAAACCUUCAGCGAUAUCAAACAGCAAAAAACGGUCGUUUGAUGAAGUUGAUAUUAUUUCACAGCAACAUCGUAUGCAUCUGAGGAAUAGAUUCACUUCAUUAGAACGCAAUAUGCUUAUAUUUAUUCGAGCUGUUGGAUUUUUUUUGAACCCAAAAUAUCGUUUUUGGCUCGAACCUGUUGUUUUGCGAGAUAUCAUGCAUCAAAAUGUUCAGGAAUCCAUUUCAAAAACAGUUCAUUCUUUAAUGGCAGCGGGAGUUCGUGAAAUGAAGCGCCCCGAAAGUGUUGCUUAUCUCCAGCGAAUUGUUAAAAAUUUAGCAUCGUACAAGGAGAUGAGAGUUUUACGCAACCAACUAGCUUUCCAUCCACUUUUGGAUUCAGAAUCGAGAAGGACAUUUUUUAUUGAUGCCUUUAACAAAGCCAAAAAACUACUUUUUAUGGAAUCAGAAGAAUUACCGAAAACUGACGAUACUGAUGAAUCGUUUGAAAAAUUUCUAGAAGCCGGUAAUUUAAACAUAUUUGCUGAAACACAAAAAGCUGUUACAGUACCUUCCCGGUCACAAAAACCAAAAGAUCAAAACCAAGUUCGUCAUUGUGUCGCUUUUAACGUUAUUGUUGGAGCUUUAAUAAGUGAACAAGAUCUAGCUGACACCAAUAUGGAGUCUAUCUUCGAGCACUUGGGAGCCUCCACUGUUUCUAGAAUAUUGGAACAGCUUCGAAUUGAUGGCUUAAUUACAAGACAAAGAAUUCCUACGGAAGAUUUGAAAUAUGGCUGGAAAGGUCAUGCAACAUUAUCUCUUAAUUUUCGAAAUUUUUUCAAUCAUGGUUACGAUCCAGAUAUGUUGGAACAACUCACUGAAUCAAAUCGUAAAAUGGAGUCUGGUACAACUUUCGCUGCAGAUGAUGAUUCGGCCGGCACUGUUGCUGCUGCAACUAAAUGUUUCUACUCUGGGAUAGCUUUAGAAAUAACGAUGAAUAAUGAUAUGCUCGAGUUUUUCGAAUCAUCUUCACAAGAACAGAUGAUGAAUAUUACCAAGCAGUUACGUUAUUUGGAAUCAGCCAAUUUGCAUUUGGAGCAAAUAUUGAUAAAGCCAGAAGGAAAGGGGUCCGACUUUGAUAUUCCUGAUUUGCACUCUGUGCUGAAUUCUUUGCAGAGAACUUAUUCUUUAAAUGAAAUCAAAAGUACAAAUUUCGAAGACUAUUUAAAAACUCAGGAAGUUUCUAAACGUCAACUUUUACGUCAAAUUCAUACAGCAAUAAAACAAUCAAAGUUUUCGGGAACAUCAAUUGAGGAUUUGAUAAUCAGCUUAAAAAGCAAUGCUUCAAUCGUGAGUUCAGUUGUGCGACAAUUGGAGCAAGAUUCCCAAUUGAUUACUGUUGGUGUGGAUACAAUUCGUUAUGUUCUUCCAGCAUAUAGUGAUUGUUGGCUCGUCCCUUUUGGAGAAAAGGUUUAUGUACCAAAGCCUUGGUUCACGAUCUCGGGAGAGAUUCACCUACCAACUGUUCGGUGGAUUGCUGAAGGAAUUCUUUUUUCCAUCAUAAAUCAUCCAGGUUGCCACAUUGACGAGUUGAAACGGCGCUUUGCAUAUGUUUUGCAACCUCGAAUGUUGCUGGAGAUAGUUCAGAUUUUAGAAGUUUGUAGCUGUAUUCGACUUCAUAAAUUAACUGCUGGACCAAUGCGUAAAAAAUCUCCUUUUAAUAACGAAUUCAUCAACUUACAAUUUCAUAGAAUUUUGAUUUUCGUUAUGUGGUUAAAGACAUUUUUAGAUGAAUUAGAGAAGGAUAUUUUUUACGUAUGUGCCGCAAAAGAUGCAGUGGAACGAUUUUCACGAAUAUUUGGCACAAUUUCAUUACCUGCCAUUCUGAAAUCGAUUCAAGUGGAAAAUAUUUGA